AUGCAGCUGAGCCGCGCCGCCGCCGCCGCCGCCGCCCCUGCGGAGCCCUCGGCGCCGCUGUCCCCCGUGCCGGCCCCGGCCCCCCCCGGCCCCCUCCCGCGCAGCGCGGCCGACGGGGCUCCGGUGGGGGGGCAGGGGGGGCCGGGGCGCCGCGAGGAGCCCCGGGGCGCCCAGCUCCCGGCCGCGAGCGGCCACGGCCGGGGCGCGGGGAUGGACGGCCCCGGGGCCAGCGCCGUGAUCGUGCGCGUCGGCAUCCCGGACCUUCAGCAGACGAAGUGCCUGCGCCUGGACCCGGCCGCGCCGGUGUGGGCAGCCAAGCAGCGCGUGCUCUGCGCCCUCAACCACAGCCUCCAGGACGCGCUCAACUACGGGCUCUUUCAGCCGCCCUCCCGGGGCCGCGCGGGCAAGUUCCUGGACGAGGAGCGGCUCCUGCAGGAAUACCCGCCCAACCUGGACACGCCCCUGCCCUACCUGGAGUUUCGAUACAAGCGGCGAGUUUAUGCCCAGAACCUCAUUGAUGAUAAGCAGUUUGCAAAGCUUCACACAAAGGCGAACCUGAAGAAGUUUAUGGAAUACGUCCAGCUGCACAACACGGAAAAGGUGGCACGCCUGCUGGACAAGGGGCUGGACCCCAAUUUCCACGAUCCUGACUCAGGAGAGUGUCCUCUGAGCCUUGCGGCCCAGCUAGACGAUGCCACGGACCUGCUGAAGGUGCUGAGGAACGGCGGCGCUCACCUGGACUUCCGCACCCGCGACGGGCUCACCGCUGUGCACUGUGCCGCGCGCCAGCGGAAUGCGGCGGCCUUGACGACCCUGCUGGACCUGGGCGCUUCCCCCGACUACAAGGACAGCCGCGGCCUGACGCCCUUGUACCACAGCGCCCUGGGCGGGGGGGACGCGCUCUGCUGUGAGCUGCUCCUGCACGACCACGCUCAGCUGGGGACCAGCGACGAGAACGGCUGGCAGGAGGUCCACCAGGCCUGCCGCUUUGGGCACGUGCAGCACCUGGAGCACCUGCUGUUCUACGGAGCCAACAUGGGGGCCCAGAACGCCUCGGGGAACACAGCCCUGCACAUCUGCGCCCUCUACAACCAGGAGAGCUGUGCCCGCGUCCUGCUUUUCCGUGGAGCCAAUAAGGAUGUCCGCAAUUAUAACAGCCAGACAGCCUUCCAGGUGGCCAUCAUAGCAGGGAACUUUGAGCUUGCGGAGGUCAUCAAGACUCACAAAGAUUCGGAUGUUGUACCAUUCAGGGAAACCCCCAGCUAUGCGAAGCGGCGGCGGCUGGCUGGCCCUAGCGGCCUUGCCUCUCCUCGGCCCCUGCAGCGCUCAGCCAGUGACAUCAACCUGAAGGGUGAGGUGCAGCCAGCAGCUUCUCCUGGACCUUCACUGCGAAGCCUCCCCCACCAGCUGCUGCUGCAGCGGCUGCAGGAAGAGAAAGGCCGGGACCGGGAUGGCGACCAGCAGAGUGACGGCAGUGGCCCCGCAGCAGGCAGGGGCAGCCAGAGUAAGAUCAGCCCGAGCGGUCCCGGCGGCCCCGGCGGCCCCGGCCCCGCGCCCGGCCCCGGCCCGGCGCCCCCCGCGGCCCCCGCGCCGCCGCCCCGGGGCCCGAAGCGGAAACUUUACAGCGCCGUCCCCGGCCGCAAGUUCAUCGCCGUGAAGGCGCACAGCCCGCAGGGCGAGGGCGAGAUCCCGCUGCACCGCGGCGAGGCCGUGAAGGUGCUCAGCAUUGGGGAGGGCGGUUUUUGGGAGGGGACCGUGAAAGGCCGCACGGGCUGGUUCCCGGCUGACUGCGUGGAGGAGGUGCAGAUGAGACAGUAUGACACGCGGCACGAAACCCGGGAGGACCGGACGAAGCGACUUUUCCGCCACUACACAGUGGGCUCCUAUGACAGCCUCUCUGCACACAGCGACUAUGUCAUUGACGACAAGGUGGCUGUCCUGCAGAAACGGGACCACGAAGGCUUUGGCUUUGUGCUCCGGGGGGCCAAAGCAGAGACCCCCAUCGAGGAGUUCACGCCCACGCCGGCCUUCCCGGCGCUUCAGUAUCUCGAGUCGGUGGACGUGGAGGGCGUGGCCUGGAGGGCCGGGCUGCGCACGGGGGACUUCCUAAUCGAGGUGAAUGGAGUGAACGUGGUGAAGGUCGGGCACAAGCAGGUGGUGGCUCUGAUCCGCCAGGGCGGGAACCGCCUCGUCAUGAAGGUGGUGUCAGUGACAAGGAAGCCUGAAGAAGAUGGGGCUCGGCGCAGAGCCCCGCCGCCCCCUAAGAGGGCCCCCAGCACCACGCUGACCCUGCGCUCCAAGUCCAUGACGGCGGAGCUUGAGGAGCUCGCCUCCAUUCGGAGAAGGAAAGGGGAGAAGCUGGACGAGAUCCUGGCAGCCGCCACGGAGCCGGCGCUGAGGCCAGACAUCGCGGAUGCUGACUCGAGAGCUGCCACCGUCAAGCAGCGGCCCACCAGUCGCAGGAUCACCCCUGCUGAGAUCAGCUCACUGUUUGAGCGCCAGGGCCUCCCAGGCCCAGAGAAGCUGCCAGGCUCCCUGCGGAAGGGGAUUCCACGGACCAAGUCUGUAGGGGAAGAUGAGAAGCUGGCGUCCUUGCUGGAGGGGCGCUUCCCGAGGAGCACGUCGAUGCAGGAUUCAGUGCGCGAGGGCCGAGGCAUCCCGCCCCCGCCGCAGACCGCACCUCCGCCCCCGCCCGCACCCUACUACUUCGACUCCGGGCCGCCCCCCGCCUUCUCGCCGCCGCCUCCGCCGGGCCGCGCCUACGACACCGUGCGCUCCAGCUUCAAACCCGGCCUGGAGGCGCGCCUGGGCGCGGGCGCCCCGGGCCUGUAUGAUGCCGGCGCGGCCCUGGGGCCGCUGCCCUACCCGGAACGGCAGAAGCGCGCGCGCUCCAUGAUCAUCCUUCAGGACUCGGCGCCCGAGGCAGGCGACGUCCCCCGGCCCCCGCCAGCGGCCACCCCGCCGGAGCGCCCGAAGCGUCGGCCGCGGCCGCCCGGCCCCGACAGCCCUUACGCCAACCUGGGCGCCUUCAGCGCCAGCCUCUUCGCGCCGUCCAAACCUCAGCGCCGCAAAAGCCCGCUGGUGAAGCAGCUGCAGGUGGAGGACGCGCAGGAGCGCGCGGCCCUGGCCGUGGGCAGCCCUGGCCCGGCGGGCGGCAGCUUCGCCCGGGAGCCCUCCCCGACACACCGCGGGCCUCGGCCGAGCGGCCUCGACUACGGCCCCGGAGACGGGCCCGGGCUCGCGUUCGGCGGCCCGGCCCCAGGCAAGGACCGGCGGCUGGAGGAGCGGCGGCGCUCCACCGUCUUCCUGUCUGUGGGCGCCGUGGAGAGCAGCCCUCCCAGCGCAGACCUGCCCUCCCUGCAGCCCUCCCGCUCCAUUGACGAGCGCCUGCUGGGGCCCGGCGCCACCACCGGCCGUGACCUGCUGCUGCCCUCCCCUGUCUCCGCUCUGAAGCCAUUGGUCAGCGGCCCGAGCCUUGGGCCUUCGGGCUCCACCUUCAUCCACCCGCUCACCGGCAAACCCCUGGACCCCAGCUCACCCCUGGCCCUUGCCCUGGCUGCCCGGGAGCGGGCUCUGGCCUCGCAGGCGCCCUCCCGGUCCCCCACACCUGUGCACAGCCCUGACACCGAGCGCCCUGGGCCCUUGUUUGUGGACGUGCAGGCUCGUGACACCGAGCGAGGGCCCCUGGCCUCCCCAGCCUUCUCCCCGAGGAGCCCAGCCUGGGUUCCUGUGCCUGCUCGCAGGGAAGCCGAGAAGGCCCCCCGGGAGGAGCGGAAGUCGCCGGAGGACAAGAAGUCCAUGAUCCUCAGCGUCCUGGACACAUCCCUGCAGCGGCCAGCCGGCCUCAUCGUCGUGCACGCCACCAGCAACGGGCAGGAGCCCAGCGGGCUGGGGGCCGAAGAGGAGCGCCCGGGCACCCCAGAGCUGGCCCCGGCCCCCCCGCAGUCGGCCGUGGUGGCAGAGCCCCUGCCUAGCCCCCGGGCCCAGCCCCCUGGCAGUACCCCAGCAGACGCCGGGCUGGGCCAGGGCAGCUCAGAGGAGGAGCCAGAGCUGGUGUUCGCCGUGAACCUGCCGCCGGCCCAGCUGUCCUCCAGCGAUGAGGAGACCAGAGAGGAGCUGGCCCGCAUCGGACUCGUGCCGCCUCCUGAAGAGUUUGCCAAUGGGGUCCUGCUGGCCACCCCGCUCCCUGGCCCAGGUCCCUCGCCCGCCACGCUGCCAGGCCCGGCCUCAGGGAAGCCGAGCAGCGAGCCGCCCCCUGCCCCCGAGUCUGCAGCGGAUUCGGGGGUGGAGGAGGCCGACACGCGCAGCUCCAGCGACCCCCACCUGGAGACCACGAGCACCAUCUCCACCGUGUCCAGCAUGUCCACCCUGAGCUCGGAGAGCGGGGAACUCACCGACACCCACACCUCCUUCGCCGACGGACAUACUUUUCUACUCGAGAAGCCACCAGUGCCUCCCAAGCCCAAGCUCAAGUCCCCGCUGGGGAAGGGGCCGGUGACCUUCAGGGACCCGCUGCUGAAGCAGUCCUCGGACAGCGAGCUCAUGGCCCAGCAGCAUCACGCCGCCUCCGCCGGCUUGGCCUCUGCUGCCGGGCCUGCUCGCCCUCGCUACCUCUUCCAGAGAAGGUCCAAGCUGUGGGGGGACCCCGUGGAGAGCCGGGGGCUCCCCGGGCCCGAAGACGACAAACCAACUGUGAUCAGUGAGCUCAGCUCCCGCCUGCAACAGCUGAACAAAGACACCCGCUCCCUGGGGGAGGAGCCAGUUGGCGGCCUGGGUGGCCUGCUGGACCCUGCCAAGAAGUCGCCCAUCGCGGCAGCUCGCUAAGGACUCGGAGGAUAAGUGGGGGCUUGGGAAACUGGUGCUGCCUCCCCCGAGUGGUUCGGCAGCGCCGCCCUCCAGCUCCCAUCAUCCCAGGCUUGCGCUGCGGCCCUCCCCUUUUCACCUCUUCCAACUCCCAGUUGAAUGGGAAAGCCCUCUUCCCAGCAGGGCGAUGUUUAAAGUGCCCUUCGAGGGGGUGUUAGGGGUGUGGCCAGGAGUGCCCAGUUGGAGUGAGCGGCCCAGGUCCGAGGCCUCUGAGGGACGGAGGGUGGGGAUUCCCUGAUGCAGCCUGGACCAGUCCCCAUCUUCGCUCUCUGUCUCUCCCCCCCCUCCACCAGCCCUUCCUUUCCGCUGUGCCCCUUGGUCCUGAUGGAAAUUAAAGCCAUUGACAGCGGGUAGCACAGUGCCUGGCACGGUGCAGGCCUCAAUAAAACAUUUGCUAAACGUACGAAAGAACAAAGCUAAAUGCAAGUGCUGUCUUUUGUGAUCUGAGGUCUAGGGAGGCGGCUUAGGACAAAUGCCACAGAAGGACAGACACUUGGCUGAGGUUGGCCGGUUGUCGAGCCCCUCGGCCGAGCUCAGGAGAGCCCAGGUGUUGCCUCAGCGCUGCUGGCUCCCGUGGGGCAGCUGGGCAGUCACAGGGCAGGAGGAGGCGGUCUCUGGGCUGGACCUUCCGCCACGUCCCUCACGGUCGUCCUCAGCAUUUCCCCUUUGUCACGGCGAGGCUCUCUUGUCCAGUGGGUCUGGGUCAUGCCAGAACCUGUGUUUGUUUCCUUUCUUGGAAGCGGUGUGGGGGAGGGGGCAAGGCCAGCAGUUCCAACCUUUGCAUCGCAUCUGUCCUGCAGGCCCACUGGAGAGUGAGCCUCUUUCCCUCAGGAGUUCCUGCAGAAUCCCGGCCUCCGAUUGGCUUCGUGUGGAUCCCCUGCCUCCCCUGAAACAGGCACUGGGGUCAGGGAGACAUAGGGCUGCUGUUGGCCAGGCCUGCCUCAUAUGCUAUCCUGGGAGCCAGGGCAUGGGAUCAGCCAGAGCUACCGGAUGGGUGCUGAGUGAGGGGGGCGGGUAUCCAAAGGAAAAUCAGGUGCUGUUCCCAAAGGUACCAGAUGCCGGAGAGCCUAAAACAAGAGACUCCCUGUGCCAUGGCAUUCACCAGCUUUAGCACCUCGCUUUGUUCCCUGACAUCGGCCUGGGGUCAGAUGGCCCUGGAUUCCAACCCUCAGCAGGUUGCAUCUGAGUUUGUAUUCUUGGACAAACCACUUAACCUCAGUGGACUUCAGUCCCACCCCUGUGAACUGGUGAGGGUGACCAGGCACUCAGCCAGGCCGGUAGGGGGACUCUUAGGGUCCUUACGGGAAAAUGAGCGCUCUGCACUGGAGAAGGCCAGGUCACGUUACUUCAUCUUCAGAGCCAUUCUGUUCGAUGGAUAAUAAUAUAAUCUCCAUUUUCCAGACAAUAAAAUCGAGGUUCUAAGGAGAUCCAUUCCAGCCAGUAGAUGGUGGCAUCUGACCUCAAGCCCCGCUAUCUGUCCACUAUAAUCUGGAGCCUCUGUCGUUAAACCCCUUCUAGUGACAGACACUGUGUUUAUGUGCAGUAGUUCCCCUCACACAGAAAUGCAUAUGUGUUCGUUGUGUAGACCGAACCUUUGUUUAUCAGUCAGGCGUAUAACGAACAGCACGUGGAUUCUGAAAUUACUCGCAGUUGAGCCCAGCCGGUGCCGCUUGACAGGCCCAGCGACGUUACCCGUCUGCCCUGCCUUUCCUUCCCCACCUCCCUCCACAUUCCCUUCUGCUCCUGUUCACACUUCCUUCCUUCCUUCCUCUUAUUCCUCUUCCUUCUUGCCCUCGGACCUGGGUGAAACCAUGGCCCUCUGGAGUGGGCCCCACUGCCUGUCCUCGACCCUUCGCUUCUGGCCACUGGCGGGCGGCUGAGCAGGAGGUGCCGUGGCCACGUCCAGUCGGCCCCGCGUGUGGCCGGCAGUGGCUGUGUUGCCCAUCGGCGCUGCUGGGCAGCUCUUGUUUUGCCGCCAGCAGUGGCUAGAGUCUGACACUCAUUUCUCACGUAGUGAUAAAAGUGCUAGUGAUACUGUCUUUCAGAGACAUGUCCGAAGUGCAGGAAGUUCUGAUGUCCCGGUGGGGCUGUGACCUUCCCAGGAUGGAUCCUAGCUGAAGCCCUAGGGCAGUUGCCACGGCCACCCAGUGGGUCACACCCCUGUGCCUUGUCCACUGGCCCCCCAUGUGUUCCCUCGCAGGCCUGCCCCUCUCCUCACCCGACAGGCACCACAAGAAAGGAAGCGCCUGCUCUGCCCACCUUCCUCACUGACAGCUCAGUCUAGGCUCUGGCGUCCUUUACCCGCAAGACACUCUGCGGCCCGAGAUCUAGGAAGAUCUCAGAAGGGGAAGGGGAGGUUACCCCUUACGUCAUGGACUUGAAGCUCGGCAACUUGUGGAAAUGCACUGGGGCCAUCCAGAAGGCCCAUGGCCUUUGGCUUUUUGGAACUUUGAUCCCAGACCAUCCACCUCUUUAUGCUUCUAGCUUUGGGUCUAGCCUGAUAGGCAGAACAUUUGUCUGCUCAGAGCCCCACAUCUGCUCUGAACUCCCUUUGUCUUCCAGACCCCACGGUUGGAUCUGAAUCCCACAUGUGGUCUGAGGGCCACAUGUCUCUGAGCCCCACAGCAAUACUCAGUUUUGCUGUGGCCCUCAGUUUUACACCUGUCUGACCGUCACAUCUGAUUUUACAGAAAAGAGUUCAUGGCGAAAUAGCUUUGGAAACACAAAGUUGAUGAGGUUUCUUUCCUGCAGUACUUCUCAGAACUUUUGAUGUGCUGUGUGCUGUGGUCUCGGACAGCUUCUUUAGUAGAUCACUAAUUAGCAUCCCACAGGAGAUGCACGUUUCUGCGAUGGUGGAGAAACCCUGCCCUAGGGACCUGCUGUGAGCCCGGUCCUGCUAGCACGUCUGACAGGGAUCUGGAUAAAGCCAUGCAUGACUGCAGGUGCCUCAGGGCUUGUUCUUUUGAAACUGGACCUGUUGUGUGCUGGCCAGUGCAGAGCACAGGGGCCAGGCUGUGCUCUGUCCUUGCGGAGGUCCUCACAGGUUGGGGACCUGUGAGGUGUGUUCGCAGGAGAUGUGAUCAGGGCUUCAGGAGUUCACGGAACUCUGCUAGGGGAGCGGGAAGGGGUCACAGAGGAGGGGUCAUAGGGGCAUCUGGGUGCAUCAAGGUUGGAGCCAUGACCUGGUGUGGGCGGUGAGAAGUUAGGGCUGGAGUGAGACACGGAGACCAGAGAGAGUGCGAUGGGACGCUCACAAGCCCGUAUAUAGUUUGUGCUCCUGUUGAGGAUUAUUUCCGUUAAUGAGGCUCUUAAAUGUCAAAAGGCCCCAGGCCUAGACCUGCCCUGCGUGAGUGCAGUGGCAGGAGGCUGCAGGCAGAGGCCAGGGCUGGAGUGGGCUGCUUCUUGCCUGUCGGCACCAAUGGGUUGACGGGCAGUCAAGCCUGAGAGUGACAUGUCACAUUGUUUUUGUUUUGUAACAUUUUUUUUUCAGUGCAUAUUGUGUUCCUGGCUUUGAGCUAGGUACCAAGAGUCAAGGAUAACAAUUAGGAAGUGAGAGGAAAGGUCCUGAGUGGGACCAUGAAAGGUCUGGAUCCAGAGGUGGCUGGGGGUGAGGAGGAGGGCCAGGGUUAAUGCUGGGAGUUGGUGACAUAUCAGCCAUGGGGGUGAAAGGAUGGAGCAGCUGAUGGUGGCUCCCAGGCCUCUGGGGCGAGGGAGAGCAUGUUUGGAGACCCCAGGAGAGGUCUGGGGAGAGCUCAGGAGAGCUCAGGAGAGAGUGGCUUGGCUUCACAUGUGGCAUUCAUGAGCACAUCGGUCACAGAAAAGGGUGGGAGCGGAUGACGUGGCCUGGGAGAAGGUGUGAACUAAGAGGGGAACCUAUCUAGGAAGGAAGGGGUAGAGGAAAGGGUGCCUAAGAGGGAAAGCAGCGGACAGGUCAGCAAGGGGAUUCUGCUGACAGCCUUGGUAACUGCAGGGGCGAGGGGUGGGGGGGCAAGACCAGGCCUCACUGGUCGAGGAGUCACGAGGAAGCCAGACACUGCAACGUUCAGACACUGGUGGGAAAGUUGCUGGGGAGUGUGGAGCCUGGCUGAGACGUCUGGAGGAAGAGCGGAAGGCGCCCAGGGGUGCUGGUGCCUAGCAAGGUACCCCAUGUUAGAGAAUGGGUGGCCCAGAAGCCCUCUGGGAGGCCGGCAGGGGUUGAUGUGGCCAUGCCAUGGUCAGAGCCUGGCUGGGGAGGCCGUCAGACAGCUCAGAGUGGUGACGGACAGCGAUGGCUCUGCAGAGGUGGUGUGGAAACAUGUGGACCUUGACCAUGGAUGCUCCCAGGGUGCCUGGCCUGGGGCAAUGUGGGAAGUUCCCUGUUCCCCAAGAGGAAGGGCAGGAGGAGCAGACGCCUGGGCCAUGGGCAUCCCUGGCCACUCCCUGCUAUGCCCUGGGGUCUUGGGAGGGCAGCCUUAGGAGUGUGACCGGCCCGCUCCCCUGCACUCCAGUGGAUCAGCCCCUCACUCUUGGCACCUCCUGGCACCAGCCCUAGCCUCUGGCAGGUGCCCACCUCCCCACACCCAGUAUCUCCCCUCGGCAGGGUCUCCCUGGUGCUCCUGAGCCGGUCUGCCCUCAUCCUAGGCCUCCAGCUCACCCCCUGCCAGGGCCCCAGACCCUGCUCCGGGGGACUCUGGGGGUGGGCCACGCAGAACUCCAUCCUGAGGUGCAGGUCCCCAUGCCAGGGUGGGAUGCGUGAGGGCCCGGGGUGGCGGGAGGGGAGCGCUGUACUGGGCCCAGCCCCCCAGCGCUGCUCCCUCGCCCUCUCCCUAGCAAUCACCACCACUUGGGCGCCCUCCCCCACCCUCCACUGCCGCCCCACUUUGCUCCGAAACCCAGGCGGUACCAUGGAGGUCAGAUGUGGGAGAGGGGAGGGUUUCUUCUGGUGAUUGGUGCCUGUUCCUUGAGCCCAUCACCCCAGGUGUCCUUGGCGUCCCCCUCUGCUGGGUGGGGGAAGCAUGGUCUGGCCUCUUCAAGAGGCUCUGCUCUGGAUCUGAGCAAUUGGGCAAGGCAGCAGGGACAGAGGCAGAGGAGAGGAGCCAGUGGAAGGCAAUGGAAACCAGGUUGAGUAGGAGGGACAGAGCUGGAUCUCCAGGGGGAGGCUGACCUUGCACGGGUGAGACGGGAAAAGACAAAACCUGCUUUCAGGGGAGGAAGGAUGCUCAGGGUGCCCGUGCGGUGUGGGACAGGGACCAGUCAGGAUGGCACAGAGGUGGGUGGGGGAACCCAGGGGAGGGGUCCUUAGCCCAGUGCGGGCAAGGGCAGGGAGAGGGAGGUGGGAUGGCAGCUGGAGAGAGGCCCUUCAGGCAGCAGCAGCACAAGGGGACACAAAGCAUCCCCAAGUGCCAGGGGUCUGCUGAGCAGCUGCCACACAGGGUUCUUAGUAAAGCCUGUGGAUGGACACCACUGUGGUCUGCACUUCACGGACCAGGGGAACAGGUCACAGGGAAACCAGGAGCCCACCCAGCUCUGCCCACGUCGGGCCUGCACUUUCCUUCCUCCAGCAGCUCCAGAUGUGUUCCCUCCCAUCGCACCUGGGCCCACUGCACCUGAAUUCCUCCCUUACCGGGUAUCUGGCCAGGGGGUCCCUGCACCUGGCUGCCCUCACUGUGGUCGUGACUGGGGGCCGUGUGCCUGCUUUGAGGGCCUGGGCCGCUAACACUCUCUCUCAUUGCUCUCUCCUGCCCAUCUGCAUGUGGCUGCUCUGUCUAGCUGCGCGGUGGUCCCGAGCGCCGGCUGUGUAAGUGAGCAUGCCCAUCCCAUGCCUCUCACUGUCCGUGCGCUGCACCUGCCCGCCUGGAUCUCUGCUCUGCGUGGCUUCACGGGGCUUUGGUGCCACUGAC